AUGGUGAAUGCUGACAGAAAUCAGACUGUUGCAGCUAUAUUUGUACUCCUAGGAUUUUCUGAUUACCCAGAUCUUCAAAUCCCUCUCUUCCUGGUGUUUUUGACCAUUUAUGUGGUAACUGUUGUAGGGAAUCUGGGCAUGAUUGUGGUCAUCAAGAUCAACCCCAAACUUCAUACUCCCAUGUACUUCUUCCUCAGCCACUUGUCCUUUGUGGAUUUCUGUUACUCUACUGUAGUUACCCCCAAACUAUUAGAGAAUUUACUUGUGGAAGAUAGAACGAUCUCUAUUACAGCAUGCAUCACACAGUUCUUUUUUACUGCAACAUCUGUGGUGACAGAGACAUUCAUGUUGGCAGUGAUGGCCUAUGACCGCUUUGUGGCUAUUUGUAAUCCUCUGCUAUACACAGUUGCCAUGUCUCAAAAACUCUGUGCACUGCUGGUUGCUGGGGCAUAUUCAUGGGGAAUAAUAUCUUCCUUAAUAUUCAUGUACUCUCUCCUUGUAUUGUCUUUUUGUGGGACUAAUAUUAUCAAUAACUUCCUUUGUGAGUACUCUGUCAUCCUCUCUGCUUCCUGCUCAGAUAGGCAUUUUAGUGAAAUGAUACUUGUUAUCUUUGCCAAUUUCAAUGAAUUAAGCACCCUUAUAAUCAUUAUCGUGUCCUAUCUUUUUAUUUUUGUCACUGUCAUGAAGAUGCGUUCAGCCAGUGGGAGGCGGAAAGCCUUCUCCACUUGUGCUUCCCACCUAACUGCUAUCACCAUCUUCCAUGGGACCAUUCUCUUUCUGUACUGUGUACCCACUUCCAAAAGCUCAUGGCUUAUAGUCAAAGUGACUUCGGUUUUUUAUACAGUAGUGAUCCCCAUGCUAAACCCCAUAAUAUAUAGUUUAAGGAACAAAGAUGUGAAGGAAACUCUCAGGAAAUUAAUAGGCAACAAUGCAUUUUUUAAUUGA